UCUAACCGCAAUGUCUGCGAAAAAAGCUUUAGGAGCUAAAACUGGAAAAGCUGCUAAACAGUUCGUAAAAAAGUCAGCACCCUCUACUUACCUUCAAACUUUUAUUCGUGCAGGCCAAGCUGCAGCAGCUCCACCACUUGGCCCAAGUUUAGGAUCGAGAAACAUCCAGAUUGGUCCAUUCUGCAAACAGUUUAAUGAGCAAACUAAAGACAUCCAGCCUGGUAUACCAUUACCAACAUUUGUAAAUUUAAAUCCGGACAGAAGUGUGACAAUAAAGCACAACAAGCCUCCGGUCACCUACUUCCUGAAGAAAGCAGCCGGAGCAAGGAAAGGGGCAUUAUAUGCAAAUGAGGUUGCAGGCAAGGUGACUCUAAAACACAUCUACGAGAUUGCAAAGAUCAAAAUACAGGACCACGGUAACCGAGCAAUGACUUUGGAAGAUAUGUGUAAAGCUAUCAUUGCCACAGCGCAUUCCGUGGGUAUACAAGUGGUCAGCCAUCUAGAUUCAAAGGAAUACCAGGAGUUUUUACGGGAAAGAGAGUUGAGAAUAGAAGAGCAUGAAGCAAAGUUGGAGGAGAUAAGACAAUCAAAAUUGUUACGUUUGUAGAUUAUUUUAUAAGUGCUUCAUGGAUACUGUUUUAAUAAAAAAUAUGCAACACAAAUUGAAUUAUGUUCCUUUAGAGCUGUCAUGUCUAUAAGACAUGCCCUACUAUUCAAAUAGAGGUUGUUAACUUAUAUGACAUAUUGUGAUGAAAAAUCAUGAUGAAAAUUAUACAUGCAUACCUUAAUGUACAUGUAAACACCUAAGGUUGGCUUAUACAGACUUCAGCUUUUGUAAAUAUCAAUUAUUAGCCAUGAAAUGAUGCCAUACAAGUCAAAUGUUGCAUUUUCAAAAUCCUACUCUGGCUGUAGCAAUUGUCCUUUUGUGCCUCUUGGUGGUUUGGGAAAAUAGGGUUUUAAUCGUGUGUCAAAAAAAUCAGUCAAUGAAACACAAGAUGAAGCCAUGGUUAUUUUUAUAAAAAAAACAGCUGCCUUUUAUUGUCCUUGUCUGUUGGCUCGUCACAAAAUCUUGUAUUGCGUGUACCUCUAAAAGUAUAUUAGCCUGUGUUGGAAACUUGACAGGAAUAUAAAGCAGCACUAUGAACAUGUACACCUGGGGUGUUGUGUGCCUCAUGCAAUUUUGUGUCAUAACCCGUGUGUGAAUCUUCAAGUAAGAAAGCCAGUUAUGAAACUCCAGGAUAUUUAACUAUUAUGUGAAGUUGUGCUUCUUGGGUAUAAUAUAGAUUAUAGCAGAAAGAGAAGAAUUAUGGCCCUUGAUAAGUUAAUAAAAAUCCUAAAAAAGCAUGGAAUCUUGUCAGCUUUAUUUCAACUAGUCUUAAAUCUUAACCAGCAUGUGAAGCUGUGCAUGUUAGUAGCUGCCUUGCAGAGCUAUGACCCUCAACAAAAUUUAAAUUUGGCAAAUAGGGCAUGCAAUUAAGGGUUACAAUGUCUGCUUGUGAUGGGUCAAGGUCGCUGUAACUAAAAUUGAGGAGAGUUUUUAUUACUCCAUUUCUGUACUUCAAUGUAAACUGCGUGAUAAAAUAUGGAGUGAAGGUAUAUUUCUAGGGGGAGAGUUUGGCAUUCCCUUUUUAUGACCCUACUCUUUUGUUGAGAAAAUGGUAAUUUUGAUAGACAUUUAUCAACUAUAUAUUUAUGGGAACUAAUGGCACUUGCUAUCUUCACCAAGGUGGGGGCAUGUCAAAAUAUUUUGUUAUACAAAAAGCCCAAGAACUUCUUGUCCAUUUUUCACUAAGUCAAGAGAAAUCACUUGUCUAACACUGCAUAUAAAAGAUAUAUUCAUAUAUAUAUGUGCACCUUCCAACCACAAACAACAUAGUACUACCUUCAAUUUGCAUUAGCCUAGGCUUGGAAAAAUACUUAAGAAGAAAUUGGAGAUCUUAGCCAUUUAUUGUAACAAAAAAAAGGCCAAAAACUGGACUCAACAGCAUGAUUUCUGCAUGAAAGAUUGAGCAAACUACCAAGUGCUAACAAUAAACCUAUAAAAUUUCAGGACUCCAAAUCAAAAACAUUGCAACACAAUAAUACAUUGCUACACAAUCUUUUUAAUGUGUCUUUUUUUACCAGUUCAAGGACCAUAACCAGAUUAAAUGUAAAGCCAAGCCAAAUGAGCACAGUCACAUCCUGAAUAGCAUUCCUAUGAUGUAUCAAAUACUUGUGAAGAUUAAUUAUGUGUGCAACAAACUUAAAACAGACUGAUAAACAAGAACUUAACUA